AGUAAACCCCUGUCGCAAAUCCCUAAAUCAACGAUCAUGGUUGAAAGCUAAUCUCCCAAUCUACCCAUCUUUAUUCUUACAACAACAGAAAUAGUAUACAGGACGCCAUGUUGGACCCUUUCGCUCCGCCGCCGUGGCUUCGCAUAGCCUUCGAGCCUAUGUGCGAACUGCUACACCUCAAUACCCUCCCACUCCACGCCCACCAAGUGCUUUUCGGUUUUGUGUUCUACACAACUGUCAACUCCGUGCUGGCGCCCUUCCUGUCUGCGCGUCUGUUUCCGGCCACAUACCGUGGCUUACCCCGGCGGACACAGCUUCAAUGGGACAUGCAUGUCACAUCCUUUGUAAAUUCGACAUUUCUCUCCUUCGCCUUGACGUACGUGAUACUGGCUGACCAGGAACGUGCCAAUGCCACUUGGGAGGACCGGAUUUGGGGAUACACGGGUGCUGGCGGGCUCGUGCAAGCUCUUGGUGCUGGUUACUUCAUGUGGGAGCUGGGUGCUUGCGCUUCCAACGCCAGCACACUGGGUGCUUUGGACCUGCUUCACGCCGUCGUCGGGUUCUGCAUCACCAUUUUGGGAUUCCGCCCUUUUGGUCCGUACUAUGGCAUCCAGUAUGGCCUGGUCGAACUGUCCACGCCUUUCAUAAACAUCCAUUGGUUCCUCGGCAAGAUGGGCCUGGCUAGGUCUAGGAUCCAGAUGGUCAACGGGAUCGUGUUGAUGAUCACCUUCGCCUCAUGUCGCUUGCUCUGGGGUUCCUACAUAACCUUCACCUUCUUCGGCGACGUAUGGACUGCGAUUCAAGCAGAUAAGCCGUCGUUCACGCUGUACUACUACUCCCCCUCAGAGCCACCUCUCUCGCUUGAGCACCGCGCUCCAGGGUGGGUCGCUGUCGCCUUCAUGUGCACCCACACAGUCGUCAUGUCUCUGAGCGUCUUCUGGUUCAGCAAGAUGGUGGCGACUGUGCGGAAACAUGUCAAGCCCAAGGGAGAUGGCAAGGAGAAGAAGGUGAAAUGAGGAGUUGUUAGUAGUUACUGUGGUGUGUUUAUGAGAAUUUACCGCAUUCGUAUGGAUGAGUUGGGUAGACGGUAUACAAAUAGAAGUUGGGAAUCGAUGGCAACGUAUGUCAGGAUCCGGCCUGUAUUAACAGCGCGCCUUAAUUGGUUAUUAAUUGUAAUUGCUCCCACCAAAAACAGAAUUCUUGA